UUAUUGCUUCUUCUGAAGAAAAUUUUGAAUCGAAAUUUGAUAUUUUGCAUCAAAGAGCAAGUGUUUUAGCAGCUUCAAAUCAAUCAUUAUUAUGGGGAACUUAUCGACCAAAUUUAUAUUUUGGUACAAAGCCACGUUUGCCUGAAUCUUUAUUGACAGGAUUAAUGUGGUUUGGAAUUGAGCAUAUGUCUAGUUUUAAACAUAUUAGACAUGCUUGUGAUCAAGAAGACGAAUUAGAUGAAUAUAGUUUUAAAAAACAUGAUGGCCGUAAUUUUGCUAUACAAACUUUAUCUGAUAGUAAAAAUAAUGUUAAAUUAAAAACCGAAUUAUUAAAAAUCCCGGGAGGAAAUCACGGUGGUGAGUGGGCGAUUCGUAUAUCCGGAAAUCCGAUAAAUGACAAAGAGCCUUCUAGAAUUUCAAUUCUUUAUUAUUUUGGACUUGAAGGAGAUGGUUCAAUCGAAUUAGUUAAUUCAUUGAAUAAAAUGGGUUUGGAUAAUCCAGUUGAACUUAAAGGGGAAACUCCAGAAUUAGGAAAAUUUUCAAUUAAGAUCCUCAAUGAUCCGAAUAAUAAGAUGCCGACGAAUAUUCCUCCGGGAAUUCCAGCAUCGACUGAUCUAUCAAAAAUUCAAUAUUGGGGACAUUUAGUCCCUGAUGGAGAUGUUUGGCGUGCUAAGGAUCUAUUACAAGGGCAUCUGAUUAGAAAGUAUGAGAAAACAAGAGAUGAAACACAAGAAGAUUAUAUUCCUCCAUUACCGUAUUUAUUUUCAUUGAAUAAUGAAGUUGGAAAGGAUUCAAAUUUCUUUAUUUUUCAAAAUAUGGUUGAAGGUCCUUUUCAAUUUGAUAUAUUCUUUCAAUCCGAAUCAACACCUGUUCAUCUUGAUUUUGAAAGUUUUACAUCAGGUCUUGAAUCUAGUUACCAGGAAUUUGAUUUGAGAUUUGAGAAAACUUUUGGUUUAAGUGCAAAAGGAUUUGGUGAUAGACAAAUUUAUUUUGCACAAACCAUUAUGAGCAAUUUAAUUGGAGGAAUCGGGUACUUCCAUGGCUCAAGCAUUAUCGAUAGGUCAUUUGCAGAAAGUGACGAAGAUGAUGUAGAGUUUUGGACAAAAUAUCGACAAGCGGAUCCAAAAUUAAUACCGCCCUUAGCUUUAUUUACAGCAACUCCGUCUCGGCCUUUUUUUCCCCGUGGAUUUUAUUGGGAUGAAGGUUUUCAUCAAUUAUUGAUUGGUGUAUGGGACAAUGAUUUAAGUCUGGAUAUUAUUAAACAUUGGGUCUCUUUAAUUGACGAUGAUGGAUGGGUUGCUCGAGAACAGAUUUUGGGAGAGGAAGCUCGUAGUAAGGUUCCAGCGGAAUUUCAAACCCAAUAUCCACACUAUGCAAAUCCUCCUACGUUGUUAUUUGCAAUAAAAGCAUUUAUUGAAAGAGUCGAUAAUAUAGAGAACCACCUUGGUGCAGACGAAUUGGCAAAAAAUUAUUUGGAAGAAAUUUAUCCGAAAUUAAAGUUAAAUUAUAAAUGGUUUAGAAGAACUCAAUGGGGUGAAAUUAAAGAAUGGGGAAGGAAAGCAAAAAGUAGAGAAGCUUAUAGAUGGCGCGGUCGUACUCCUGGGCAUACCUUAACUUCUGGGCUUGAUGAUUAUCCUAGACCGACGCCACCACAUCCUGCUGAAUUGCAUGUUGAUCUUAUGUGUUGGGUUGGAUUUAUGGCAAGAACACUUAAGGAUAUCGCAGAAAGGUUGGGAGAUGAUGAUGAUGCAGAAGAUUUUGGAAGAGAAUACAAAAAUAUUGUUGCUAAUUUAAUUGAUUUACAUUGGAGUGAGGAACAUAACGCGUUUUGUGAUUUAUCAGUCGAUGAAGAUGGAUAUUUGUCGUUAUUUCCAAUGGUGUUAGAAUUAUUGCCUAACGAUUCACCAAAGUUGGGAGCAAUAUUAGAUUUGAUACAUAAUCCAAAUGAAUUAUGGUCAACAUAUGGAUUAAGGUCAUUGUCAAAAUCUAAUAAAUUAUUUCAUACGGGAGAAGAUUAUUGGAAAGGAAAUAUAUGGAUAAAUGUCAAUUAUUUAGUAUUAUCUUCAAUAUAUAAAAAUUAUGCAAUUAUCGGAGGUCCUUAUAAAGAGAAGGCAAAGGCUAUAUAUGAUGAAUUGAGAAACAAUAUUAUCAAAAACGUUUACAAGGAAUUUGAAAGAACUGGAUAUGUAUGGGAACAAUAUUCUGAAAGUACGGGCGCUGGUUUAAGAAGUCAUCCAUUCACAGGUUGGACAUCAUUAAUAACAUUAAUUAUGGCUGAAAAGUAUUAA